GAAGGACGAAUGUCUUGAGCUUGGUGUUAAUACCGUGUGUGGCCCUGCCACCAAGGCUCCUCACACUCUCCUGGAGGUAACUUCUCACCUUAUAAACCUCCACACACACCCACUGUAGCUGCGUAAUUGGGAAUAAAUAACAUUCCGUCGCCGCUAGCAGCAGCAGCAGCAGCAGCCACCAACAUUAUUGGAACGCCACUGACAGGUGAAUCAGCUGUCUGGGUGUCAGUGUGUGUGUGGAGGACUCCUGCAGCAGGUGAGGAUGUACAAGCAGAUGUCUGUGCCAGUUACCAUAUGAUUAAAUGUACAGCACUGGGAAAAAUUUACCUAGAAGAUGGACAAUACACCAAUAACCUUCCCAACUGUGUAUCCACCUACUCCACCAUUAGAUCUUGACGAUUACUCCAUCCUUCAGGACAAACCUGAUAAACAAAGCUGUAAUCAGUAUGUCAUCCACAACAAAACUCAUUUGAUAUACGGAGGAUAUGAAGGAAUUCCUGAAAAUUUAUUAAUCAAUUUCUUGGGCUGGAUACUGCUCCUGAGCUUGUUCACUGUACUACGUAAAAAAGCCUGGAAUUAUGGGCGUUUGGCUCUUGUUCAGAAGUACGAGAGCAGGACAAAGCAUCUUGGCUUCAGUCAAUACAAUGUAUGGACACAGCUGUUCUAUGGGAAAGAGACGGACACAGGAAAAAUUGCUGGUGAAGCAGACUCUGUCUCUUCCUUGGAAUUUAACAUGCACAUAGACAAGGGUCUGCUCUCUUGGAUUCCAGCAUUAUUUAAAAUAAAAGAUGAACAAAUUCUAGCGAAGAGUGAGAGAGAUGCUGUCAGUUAUCUCUCCUUUCAAAGACACAUUAUUGUAUACAUGAUGAUAGUGUGUGUUAUCAGCAUUGUCAUUGUCUUGCCCAUCAACUUCCAAGGAACAUUAGAGGGUGGCAAGAAAGAAUUUGGUCACACCACUUUGGCAAACCUCAACCCUCAAUCUCGACUCAUGUGGGUACAUGUUACCCUGGCAUUCCUCUUCUUACCUCUUGGAAUCUUUUUCACGCGACGAUUCUCCAAGAAGCUUGAGCUCCGUGAAGUCACGACCAGCGUUUCUCGCACUCUUAUGAUAACACGUGUACCACGAAGAGCAUGUCACAAAGACACAAUUUUAAAGCACUUUCAAGAGGCUUAUCCUGAAGUUGAGGUUCAAGAUGUCCAAUUUGCUUACAACAUCAGAUCUCUCAUUGCUUAUGAUAAAGAAAGGGAGGUAGCCCUUAAUGCAAGGAUGUACUGUGAGGCUUACCUAAAGGAGACAAACCGGCGGCUUGAUAUGCGGCCGUAUAGAGGAGGAGUCAUCUGUGGCUGCUGUGACAUAUUUGGUUGUCCAACAGUGGAUGCUAUUGAGUACUAUGCUGAAGAAGAAGCACGUCUGGCUAACCAUGUUGAAAAUGAGAAAAUUAAGGCGUUGCAGAGACCUACAGGUGUCGCAUUUAUAACUUUUGACAAUAUUGAAAAUGCCAAGAAGGUUAUGCGUGAUCAUAAAACUAAGUGUGAUUGUUUAAGAGUUAUGCCGGCUUCUUCAGUUUCGGUUGAACUAAAACCACACAAUUGGAUCAUUAGAGUUGCACCAGCCCCUGAAGAUAUCUACUGGGCAAACCUCUCGGUUACAAAUCGUCAUUGGUGGUUGAAAGCAAUUUUAAUUAAUAUUAUGCUGUUUGUGGUGCUGUUUUUCCUUACAACACCUGCUGUUAUCAUCAAUGGUCUCAACAAUAUUUUUCUUGCUGAUAAACUGCACAGUAUGAGCCCAGUUUUAUCCGAGUUCUUGCCUACCCUGCUGUUGUGGACCAUGGCUGCACUUAUGCCGGUUAUUGUGUCUUAUUCGGACCAGUUCAUGUCUCACUGGACACGCUCUACAGAGAACCACUCCAUCAUGAGGAAGACUUUCAUUUUCCUUCUUUUCAUGGUCAUUAUUUUGCCAUCCCUUGGCUUGACCAGUGCGAAAGGUUUCAUGGAGUGGCUAGUAAAGCAAAAUUCACAAAAUGAGACUUUCCGUUGGGAAUGCAUCUUUCUUCCUGAUAAUGGUGCGUUCUUUGUCAACUAUGUCAUCACUUCUGCGUUCAUUGGAACAUCACUAGAGCUAAUUCGAUUCCCAGAGCUGUUCAUGUACAUAGUGCGGCUUGCUCUGUCAAGAUCUGAAGCCGAGACUGCCAGUGUGAGACGUGCUAUCCUCUAUGAGUUUCCAUUUGGCGUUCAGUAUGCCUGGAUGUUACUAAUUUUCGCAAUGACUAUCAUCUACUCCAUAUCUUGUCCACUCAUAACUCCAUUUGGUACAUUAUAUAUGAUCUUCAAACAUCUGGUGGACAAGUAUAAUAUCUACUUUGCAUAUGGUCCAUCAAGAAUUAGCCGAAACAUCCACACAUCGGCCAUCAAUUUUGUGAUAGUGUCCAUUGUUUGCCUGCAGCUAAGCCUCCUGUUCUUCUCUGUUGUGCGACAAGGAUUGAAAAAGGAUAUCACUAUAUACAGCAUUGUCUUACUUAUUAUAACAUGUCUGGUGUUUAUCACUCACAAUGCCUUCCACUGGUUCAAAGAUCUUAGCCCUGUGGAGUAUAAGAAGUUUGGCGAUGGUCAAGUGAAUGGUGACUUGGCAUCAGUAAGCGAUGAUGGACAUGAUGAGGAAAUUACUACAACAGAAGUGGCAUGUCAGUUUGUGCCUUCUGUCCUACGAGAUGCCCCCACCGGAGUUGAAUCCAGCUACUCUUUCAUAGCCCAGCCACGUAAUUAUGGAACACGACCACGAGAGGAGGAUGGAUACACAGUAGAUAGUGGCACUAUUAUGAAUGGUGAUGUAAGCCCAAAAACCAGAGAAAAAGAAGAGGCAGAACUUUACCAGGAUUAUUCUCAGCCAAAGUCUCAUGAAAUGUUUCAGGUAACAACUGUCAGCGCUGAGAUCAAUGUUCCUUCAGUAUCUCAACCACAAGUGGAAGAGGAGGAGGAGGAGACAGUAUAUACCCGAGCAUCACCCAAACAGCCUUCCCCAACUGUGAUUACAGUUGAUGGUAAUGUGGCCUCUGCUUCCACACCGCCCAUCAUUCACAGUAACCAAAGACACUCGUACUCUGCUCUUGACAACAGUGCACCUGCCACUAAUGUUUAAGCUAGCUUUUAAUCACCCCUGAUAGAAUUAGUGAUUUACUUAUAAAGGAAGUGAUAUUCUGUAUUGUAACAUGGCUUUUGCAAAUAUGUAUUCACAUGUUUUUCUAGGUGCUUGUAAAGAUGAAGACAGAAUUUACUAAUUUUGUCUUUCAUUGCUGCUGUUACACACAAAACAGAAGUUUGUAAGAUUAACAGAGACUGAUGCACACCUGAAUUAUAGAGAAGUUAAAGAGAGACAGCUCAAGCACAAUUGACUGACAGUGAUGACCAUUGUAAAAUUAAAUUAAAGAAACAUUUAUGAUUUUGUCAGGGUCUAUUUUAAAGUGGUGAUAUAGAAUGCUUACUGUUGAUAUGGCCAGUGGUUUUAUACAUUCUUGCGGUACGACAAAAUGCAUUUUAGCUUUUUUUUUUUUGUAUGUAAACUUUAAGUUAUGUAUUAUCUCUAUGUACACCAUCAUUACCCCAUUUCUGACUUUCAUGGGGACGUUAUACUCAAUCUUAAUUUAGUAGUUUCCAGUGUCUUGUCUUACUUUUAAUGUACCGUAUGUAUACUGUUGGCUCUAAGUCAUUCACCCAUAUUUGCCAUGUGUAUUAGUUCUAAAAUAUUUAACAGUUUUGAUUUAAGUGUGUUUGUUUUAAAAAGAUUUUGUAAAUUGAAAAAACUUAAUUCAUAUAUAAUUUGCCUCUCUAAAUAAUAAGUGUUGCUAUACACUAAUAUCUUGACUAUCUAUACAAUAUGGUUUCUGACCCAAUUACAGUGCAUCCAGAUUUCUGAUGCAACUAGACAAUUUUUAGAUUUUUUCUUAAUUAACCUGUUUUAUUACUGUAGAUAUUAGAACAAUUAUUUAGUCAAUAUUUUAAUAUUUCACCAAACCCCUCAUUGUGGGAAAAUAAAUUUUUAAUUUAAAAAUAGUUUGAGCAUUGGCACCACAAAUCUGAUUUAUCUAAUAGAAGAAACUAACCAUAUUGUAAUUGUUCUGGAUUUCAAUUUAAGCAAGGUAUCACUACACAAAGUCAUAGAAAUACUAGUUGAAAAUUAUUUUAUAUUUAGGCAAACAAGGACACAUUGACCUCAGGAAUUAUGUUCCUAUACAUUUAAGAAAAUGAGGUUAAUUUUGACUGCAUUGGAUAACAAAAGAUUUAUAUGAAUGGUAAUGUAUAUUGAGCAAUUUAAGGUUAUCCUCUGGCAGAUGUUUUCAAAUUUGUGGUUUUAAAGAACAUAAUUCUCUAUGUUGUAGGAAAAUAUUGAGCUUGUCACAUGUGUGGACAACCCCCGUGAAUACAGUUCUCUCUAUUAAAUCCAACUUUAUAUAUUUUGUGCAUAGAAUAACCAUAUUUACUAUAUCCUUUGUAAAUGAUACAUCUUGUGUUUGAUAGGUUUUACUCUAUAUGAAAAGGAAUUUGCUACUCAAAAGCGUUAGUAGAUAAACCACACACAUUUAGCCUAUUAAGCCGUUAGCAUGCCAUUGAAAAGACGCAAAAUUAGAAUACGUGUACAAUAUUUAAGUUGGGUAGCCUUUGAUGGCCAUAUUAUCAUUAUUUCUUUGUUUGGCAGCACUAAUAUUUCCUUAAAGUUAGCACUAGAUACAGCUUUGUCUCAUAAGUGUUCUUUUGAUUAUACAUUCAUUUGGAGGAACCAAACAACAUUUAAUAUUGUAGUGUUUACAUUCAUGUAAAGAAAACAAUAUGAAUAUUGUAAACCUUCGAGGUGUUUGGCACAAAUCAAAUGCUGAUUUCUUACUCUUAGGUCUGUAUGAUUAAUGUUGAGGCAAAGGUAGAAUAUUACUGUCAAUCAUAAAUACAGACUUUGCAUUAAUAGAACACAAGUAACAGUUUAAUGGCAUCUAUCUUAAGCAAAAAGGGCUGCUAUGGAUACUUAUUUUGCAUCAUGUUUAUUGCACACUUUAAAAAACGAUAUUUUUAUCAUUACAGUACUGUAUUUAUAAUCUCUAAAUUAUUUAUUUUAUAUUCUAUAGUUUUUAUACUAUAGUUACUACAUUCUAGUUCACAAUUUUGAUUAGUUCUUUAAAAUUUGGUACUCAUGCCUUGAUAUCAUGGAGUAACCUUUAUUUUGAAUAACCAUAUUUCCAUAUUUUUAAGAUAUUUGUGCUUUUAGAUUUAAUAUAAAGAAUAUUUAAACUUGAAAUUUUGUCCUGUAUGCAUUUUGCAGAGGAAAAUAUCAUGGAAAUUUAGCAAGUUUAUAUAAGGUCUCUGAAUUAUGACAUUCUUCUUGAAAGUUUUGAAAUAACUUGUUCUAUAAAAUACCUUAUAUGUUUUAAUGCUGCACCUACAACUUAAAAUUAUAUUAUGAUUAUAUUUGAAGUUGC